GACGUGUUCAUCAGGAAGCUUGGCAGACCGGUGUCGACUCUAGCUGUUCAUGUUUUGUAUUGUAACGUUUAGCUAGGUACAUCUAGCUAAACUAGAUUAAAUUAGCUAUUUAAUCGUAAAAUGUUGUGUUUGACUAGUUUGUCGGUCGCCCUCGCAGCGCUGGCUUUGGUACCGAGCAUUAGCGACGCUUUGAAAGAUGGGGAUUGUGAAGUGUGUGUGAGCUUCCUGGGAAGGUUAUACCAGUCAUUGCAGGACAACGACGUUAAAUUCACCAGCACAGACAUCGAGAAGGCCCUCGUCGAAACCUGCAAAGAUGCCAAGGGCAAGGAAAACCGCUUUUGUUACUACAUUGGUGGAACAAAUGACGCAGCCACCAAAAUUCUCAAUGAGAUCUCCAAGCCCCUGAGCUACCACACACCAGUGGACAAGAUCUGUGAGAAACUAAAGAAGAAGGACAGUCAGAUCUGCGAACUGAAAUACGACAAACAGCUGGACCUGAGCACGGUGGAUCUGAAGAAGCUGAAGGUGAAGGACUUGAAGAAAAUCCUGGAGGAGUGGGGAGAGUCGUGUAAAGGUUGUGCCGAGAAGUCCGACUUCAUCCGCAAGAUCAACGAACUCAUGCCCAAGUACGCACCCAACGCAGCUAAAGCACGGAGGGAACUGUAACCAGAGGGAGAGGGGGAUGCAGACCUGGGAUUGUAUUCAGUGUCUCAAAGUAGAAAUGCUGAUCUAGGAUCAUUUAAAAAAAUAUAUAAAGUUUGAUCAUAAUGAGUAAGACUCUGUAUCAAGCAUCUCGAGUAGGAGCGUUGAUUUUAGGAUCAGGUCUCCCCCCCCCCCAUCCAUGUCAUUUUAUUCUUUGUGAUCUAAAUGCCAAUUUAUAAUCCUAGAUCAGCACUCCUACUCUGAGACACUUUGUCUGAAUACCAAAUUGCACCCUAGUCCCUAUAUAGUGCACUACCUUUGACCAGAGCCCUGUGGGGAGUAUGGUGCCAUUUGGGAUGUUGCCUUUGUUUAAAUAGGUUCUGGGGAAGGUGCUUUGGUGGUCCUGAGAGGGUAUUUUGUGGUGGGUAAUGUUCGCUGUGCGGUAUAUGAACCACCUGUCAGUCUGUACAUGACCUUAGUUUAUUUUUCUUUUUUUUUAAGGGAUAUACUUUUUUUUUUAAUUUGUCUUAAUUAAUAACGGUAUAAUCAAAUAUAACAGGUGUGGACAAGCUCCUAUGCAGAAGGUCCUAGACAGUGGGUGUAGUAAGACACCUGAUUCUACUAAUCAUCAAAUCGAGACCUUGAUUUAUACCCUCUACAAAUAAGCUUGGCCACCCCUGAAAUAUAUUUUUUAAGAGAAGAUAAAACUAUUGAAAUGUGCUUUUCUUUCACACAACCGUACAUAUUUAUUACAACUGUUCUGUACUUUUUCAUUAAAAUAUGAAAACAA